AUGCCUUCCACCAUCGCUGUGCUCGUUGCCGGGGUUUGCGGCGUGGCUGCUGCCAAACUCCCCUCGACAGCUCAAGUCAUUGACCAAAAGUCCUUCAAUGUCUUGAAAGACGUCCCACCACCCGCUGUCGCCAACGACUCACUGGUCUUCACAUGGCCUGGUGUGACACAGGAGUCUCUUGAAGAGAAGCCCUUCCAUGUCUACGAUGAUGAGUUCCUUGAUGUCAUCGGCAAGGAUCCUACUCUGACUCUCAUCGCCACGUCUGAAAGCGAUCCCAUCUUUCACGAGGCUGUUGUCUGGUACCCUCCCACCGAGGAGGUCUUUUUCGUUCAGAACGCUGGAGCUCCUGCUGCGGGCACUGGUCUUAACAAGUCUUCCAUCAUUCAGAAGAUUUCUCUCAACGAGGCUGAGGCUUUGCGAAAGGGAACCUUGGGCAAGGAUGAGGUCAAGGUCACGACCGUUGACACGGCGAACCCUCAGGUCAUCAACCCCAACGGUGGUAUCUACUACAAGGGCGACAUCAUCUUCGCCGGUGAAGGUCAAGGCGAUGAGGUUCCCUCGGCUCUGUACCGAAUGAACCCUCUCCCUCCUUACAACACCACCACCCUUCUGAACAACUACUUCGGCCGCCAGUUCAACUCCCUCAACGACGUCGGCAUCAACCCCAGAAACGGAGAUCUGUACUUCACCGAUACUCUCUACGGAUAUCUCCAGGAUUUCCGCCCUGUUCCUGGUCUGCGAAACCAAGUCUACCGCUACAACUUUGACACUGGCGCCGUGACUGUUGUUGCUGAUGACUUUACUCUUCCCAACGGUAUUGGCUUCGGUCCCGAUGGAAAGAAGGUAUAUGUCACCGACACUGGCAUCGCUCUCGGCUUCUACGGCCGUAACCUUUCUUCCCCUGCCUCUGUUUACUCUUUCGAUGUGAACAAGGAUGGUACUCUCGAGAACCGCAAGACGUUUGCUUACGUUGCUUCUUUCAUCCCCGACGGUGUCCACACUGACUCCAAGGGUCGUGUCUAUGCUGGUUGCGGUGAUGGUGUCCACGUCUGGAACCCCUCUGGCAAGCUUAUCGGCAAGAUUUACACCGGAACCACUGCUGCCAACUUCCAGUUUGCAGGUCAGGGCCGCAUGAUUGUUACUGGCCAGACUAAGCUGUUCUACGUCAGACUUGCUGCCUCGGGCCCUAAGCUGUACAACUAG